GCGCUUCCUCUUGCACAUUUCACCUCUCAUAGGAACUUGCUUAACAGUUUUUACUUUGACAGAUAAAGAUGAGACAUGAGGACGCUGGUCUUGCUAGUUUUGGGGUUGUGUUUAUUUAACAUCACACUUUGUCUGAAAAUAUGUGCCUUCAACGUCCAGAGCUUUGGAGAGGCUAAGGUGCACAACAAGAAGGUCAUGAGCAUCUUACUUAAGAUCCUCUCUCGGUGUGACCUGAGUUUGAUCCAGGAAGUCCGAGAUUCAAAGGGAGAAGCUAUACAAUCUCUGGUUAAAAGCCUAAACAGAUAUGACAAGUCAAACUCUUACUCGUGUUUACAAAGCGAGCGUCUCGGGAAGAAAACCUACAAGGAGCAGUACGUCUACAUUUACAGAGAUAAUGUGCUGAAGCUCAAGGAUCAUUAUCAGUAUCCCAAACGGGAACAGGAUGGGACCAACAAGACAGAGGUGUUCUCCAGGGAGCCUUUUAUCGCCCGCUUUCAUUCACCAACAACAAUGAUGAAAGACUUGAUUCUGAUUGGUCAACACACCUGUCCCAAAAAUGCCAUGAAAGAGAUUGAUGAGCUGUACACGGUAUUCAAAGGCAUUUACAAGAAGUGGAAAACUGAAAAUGUGAUGAUCUUGGGCGACUUGAACGCCGCCUGUCACUACGUCACGCAGAAGGGCUGGAGGAGCGUGCGGCUGAGGGACGACCCCAGGUUCCAGUGGCUCAUCGGAGACGACCAGGACACCACCGUGAGAGAGAAUACACACUGCGCCUACGACCGGAUCAUUGUCCAUGGUCGAGAGAUCAUUUCCAGCAUCAUCCCGGGUUCAGCUCAACCGUUCAACUUCAAAGACAACUUCCAUCUCACUGAGGAGGAGGCUCUUGAAGUGAGUGAUCAUUUCCCUGUGGAGGUGGAGCUGAAGCCAAACCAUCGUUACCUGCUUCGCCAUGAGCUGUGAACCAAAAACUGCCAGACAAGACUGUUUUAUAUGGACUCAUUUAUUUAUUUACACUGUAUUAUUAUGAAUUAUGCUAUUUAUUAUUAUGAAUGCUGAUUAAAUAAUUAAAAUCCACAAAGGAAGUGUCAACUGGCUUAAACUGU